AUGCUGCCUCAAACACAGCGCCGGGUGCAGCAGCGCCUGCAGGCGGCACCUCUGGUGCCAGCACGAACCUGUUCGGGGGCUCCGCGUUUGGGGCUGCCAACAGCGGCGGCGGGGGCCUUUUCGGCGGAGGCGGAACCAAUACGGCCCCGUCAGGUGGCGGAGGCUUAUUUGGAGGCGGUACGAGUCCUGAUGUUUGUGAUUAUAGACAAACUCACUAUUUUUGGGAGCAAUGCCCCCAAGCCAGCUACCGGGGGUGGCUUGUUUGGCAACGUCAACACGACUGGGACCUCGACAGGAGGGACGGGAGGCGGGAUUUUUGGCAACACCAGUGGGAACGCAGCUGCCCCGGCGUCAGGAGGACUAUUCGGAAUCGCGAAUAACACUGCGACGACUCCAGCUGUAGGCGGCGGGUUGUUCGGAAAUAUUGGUGCGACUAACCAGACACCUGGAGCCGGGAAUGCAAGUGGCGGUGGUGCCACUCCGGCGGCACCACUCAAGCCCCCUCCCAGCAACUUCUUUGCUCAGCCUGCCGCGAGUGGGACAUUGUCAACCACCCCUGCCGUCGCACCCACUGGAGGCUUGUUUGGCUCAGUACCAAAACCUGCGGACGCGACAACGAGUUCGGCUGCGUCGGUGACAACGAGUACGCCUGCACCAGCUGGUGGCGGUCUUCUCGGUGGCGGGUUGUUCGGUGCCAAGCCCAGCACGCCUGCGCCAUCAUCCACCACUGCUUCUACGGCAGGCGAUAAGGAUAAGGACGCGUCGAAGAAUACCACUUCAUCAGUACCUAACUUCUUUGCGAAGCCUGACGACAAGAAGGAUGCACCAGCCGCGCCCACGACUCUGCCAGGGUUUAACCUCUUGGGGGCCGCUAAGGAUUCUAACAAGGAUGCAGCCUCAGCAGAGAGAAAGGAUGCAGCACCGGUUCCUUCGACUGCGUUCUCGCUGGGCGUUAGCACUGUGCCGAAGGAAGGGGACAAGGCUGCACCAGGCAUGUACACUGCAUUUUGCCUGCCAAAGUUGACCGUGACUAUUAUUUCGGUACCUCCGCCAUCUAUGCUACGGGGAAAGACGAUCGAGGAGAUCGUCAACAAGUGGUCGGCUGACCUGGACAUCCAUGUACGCGAAUUCAACAAGUUUGCUAGCGAAGUCGCAGUGUGGGACCGUGCACUCGUCGAGAACGGCAACAACCUCGCCGCAUUGUUCAACUUCGUCGCCGCCGCAGAACAGGAGCAAAAUGAUAUUGAUCAGUCGCUUGAUCAUAUCGAGCAGCAGCAGAAGGAACUUAUUUCCACGCUGGAGGCAUACGAGAGGUCGACAGAAGAAAUCCUCGGCGGCCAGAGCAGCAAUCUACGUGCGCUUGACACCGGGCCUGCUGAUACUGAGCGUGACAAGAAUUACACGCUUGCCACCGAACUACAUGGCCACCUAGACGACCUGUCCGGCUCGCUGACGCAAAUGAUCGAUGCAGUGAACACCCUUGCUCUCCCUGCCGACGGUGUCUCGCAGAAUAACGAGGAUGCACUGAGCCAGAUAGGCGAGAUUCUGAGUAGUCACCUCAUGAGCCUGCUCUGGAUCGAUGGCUCCGUGAAGGAAGUCGAGAGUAGAGUGAACGAGGUGGAGAAGCGUGUGCGACUUGCGGAAGAAAGCGGCGCAAGCUCUGGAUUCAAGGGCAGAGGAAGCUUUGGCGCGAGUGGCAGUCGAUGA